AGUAGUGAUGAGCUGGCAUAUUAUCGGUAGAGUCAAGUGUUUCGCAAGGAAAAAGUCCUGGAAAAAUAUAUAUGAAAUUUUUUUUCCGGAUACAGUUCAAAAAGAAUCCUAUUGAAACAAAUUCAAGAUUAUCUCUAAAAAUCAGCUGACAAGUGGCACACUUAGUCUAACCUAGAAAAGUCUAAUGGAGAAAAGCCUUGAUCGAAUAAUCAAAUAUAAUAGGCUAAUUUGGAAUUUUUGGAUUCUUAUGCUUCUUCAAAAUAUUACUAUAUGUAUUAUAUUUAUUUUUGCACAUACUCAUGAAAUCACAAUUGCCACAAUGUUUAAGAAGACAGCGUUGUAUGUGAUAAUCAUUUCUAGUACUAUUUUUCAUACACUAGCAAUGUCGUCAAGUGAUAAUAAGUCAAUUACUUUAUUUACUGCAUCUAAUAAUUUUAUAAAUCAAUUGUACAGGAAUUUAUCAGCAAAUACAGACGAGAAUAUAAUAAUUUCUCCCCUGAGUUUACAAAUAAUAUUAACCUUACUUUCUCAUGGCGCUGCAGAAUCCACAUUGAAUGAGCUAAGAUCUGUUUUAGACGAUACUGAAUUUUUGACUGGUGAAUAUAAAGCUCUGUUAGCCCAAUUAAAUAAUAUUAAUAAGGCCACAUUGUAUUUAAGAAAUGCAGCAUAUGUUCAAGAGGAAGUUGAUAUAGAGGGAGAUUUUUUAUCAGUAUGCAUGAAUAUUUUUGAAUCUUUGAUUUCAAAAGUAGAUUUUGGAGAACCAAGUACUGUGGAUAUUAUUAACUCAUGGAUUCUUACAGCGACAAAUCAUAAGAUACGGAAUGUAAUAUCUGCAAAGGAUAUCGAUAAUGAUACACGAUUUCUGUUGCUAAAUGCUAUUUACUUUCAAUGUGCUUGGCAAAAAAUGUUUAAUGAAAAUGAUACUACGCCACGUUGGUUUCAUGAUUCACAAACAUCAUAUAUGGUCCCAACAAUGUAUAAAAAAGCAACAUAUUUUCAUGGUGAAAUUCCAACUAUGCAUACACAAUUUAUCGAAAUACCCUACUUGAAUGAGAACAUUGUAAUGGUAAUAUUAUUGCCAUAUAAAGAGGCAGAACUGAAGGAUGUAGAAAAAAAUUUUAAUUGGGAAACAGUAGUAAAUGCACACAGAUCUUCUAACCAUUUUAAUUUAUAUUUACCUAAGUUUGAAUUUGAAAAUACCAUUAAUUUGAAUGAUGUUCUAAAUAAGAUUGGCUUGAAGACGAUGUUUCUGAAAAAAAGUGCGAAUUUUACACGUAUCUCAUCAGACUUAUCUCUGAGUGUAAGCACUGUGUUACAAAAAGUGUUUAUAAAGUUUGAUGAAAGAGGUUCUGAAGCCGCUGGUGUAACAGGUGUUGAAGUGAGAUUAAAAAGAAGUGCCAUCUCACCAGUAGACUUGUUCGUAGAUCGUUCAUUUAUGUUCGCAAUUGAACAUAAACCAACUAAAUUGCCAUUAUUUUUAGGAAGUGUGCGUGAAUUAAGGACUUAUAUUAAAGAUGAAUUAUAAAUUCUAUUCAUAUUCUUAAGUUUAUUUAUGGAAAGUUUAUUUUAUACUAUGUAAUACUAUGAAGAGGAAUUAAGUUUUUAAGAUUUUAUUAUACUAUAU